CAUAGUGAAUUAUUCUCUUUAAUGUGGUAUUUAUACACAAAUUCUUGAUUUUGUUUCCGUGCUGUCUGUAAACAGAAACAGGCCGAAAUGGAUGAUCCGCGAGUGGAAUGGAUUAUGAACAAAAUUUACUUGGGCCUAGGCAUAAAAAAUCCGGAGGUCUUUGAAGAUUUGCUCUCAAGAGAAGAUGGCAACAAUGAGUUAAAAAUACUUCAUUUUUUUAAUGCAUCAUCAAAUGAAGAAGGAACGUCAACUUUAUUGUUUUACAAAAGAACAAUUGAAGAUGAAGAAGAAGUAGAAGUUGAAUAUGAACCUGAAAUACCAGAUAUAUCAAAUGAUGCAGAGGCAGAAAAUGGAGUUGAUGCUGAUAAUAAAUCAAAUGGUGAAAAUGAACAGAGCCCAACAGCUGAUGAAACAAAUGCUACUCCAACAGGUGAAAAUACAGAAACAGAAGAGAAUGGAGAAGUGAAUAAUCAAACACAACCUGGAGAAGGAGAAGAAGAUGAAUCUGUACCUCCACAAAGAUCCAUACAAACAAAAAUAGUGUUGCAAACAGUCAUCAGAGACGUCCUGAUUCUGUGUGAAGACUAUCUACCAGAAGAACAAAUAGACCAGGACUGCAUGUAUUUUAUGAGAAAUACAAACACUAUCAUUUCUGUACCAAAUGAUUUGGAAGAAGCAAAUAAAAUUUUAUCUGAUUAUAUUGAAUUUGGAGUGAUGAAUGGGCAUUCACUUACAAUGCUUGAACAUCUUAUUGGACAGGUAUACAUGCCUUUGUUAUCAUUUGGCCAACACAAAUCAGGUGAGCUACCAAGCACAACUGCACCUACACCUGCUACACCUGUGGAUACUGCUACACCAAGUGGUCAGGAAAGUGAUGAAAACUUAUCAGAGAGCCGUAGCAAAACUGUUCUAAGGGAUGAAUUUCUCAUAAAUCUUUCCAAAUUUGUGAAAAGCAUUCAGCGCACUAUUCAACAGAUUGAAGGUGAGAUUCGAUUGGAUGUGCCAGAUUUACCAUUGGAUGGUGAAGUCAGUGAACUUGCAAAAAACAAAGAAUUAAUCGAUCAAAUCAAACUUGCAAGUGGAAACUGGCAACAACAAAUAUCUACUGCCAUUGAACAACAAUUAAAAAAGAAACCACAGGGCAAUGGACCACUGGCUGAAAUAGAUUUUUGGAGAGAACGAAACGCAGCAUUGAGUGCACUAAGUGAACAAUUGAAAUUACCACAAGUUGUAAAAAUGCUUGAUAUUCUUGGUCAAAAAACGGAUGCAACUGCUCUCGCAAAUUUCAAAAUGGCUCGAGAUGAGUUGACCAAAUAUUAUACAGAAGCAAAAGAUAAUGUUCGAUUUUUAACCACUUUGGAAAGACACUUCAAGAAUCUUGCUCAUGGAUCGAAUUUCAAUGUUGUUGCUGAAACAAUACCUUCUAUGAUGAAUGCUCUAAGAAUGGUUUGGAUUAUAUCCAGGCAUUAUAACAAGGAUGAAAGAAUGGUUCCACUGAUGGAAAGAAUUGCCUGGGAAUUGGCUGAGAGAGUGUCAAGAGUUAUUAAUGUCCGAACUAUAUUCCAUGAAACACCUGAUGAGGUGAAAGCUUUGACACAAGAAGCUCGUCAGAUGCUCAUUUUAUGGAAGAACACAUAUUUUGAAGUCAGAGCUAAAAUAGAAGCAUCAGGUAGAGAUGCAAGAUGGGAAUUUGAUAGAAAGAGAUUGUUUGAUCGAACUGAUUACAUGGCUCAAAUUUGUCAAGAUCUGACUGAUGUUGCUCAGGUACUUCAAGAAUUCUACAAUAUUUUUGGACCUGAAUUAAAAGCAGUGACUGGAGAUCCAAAACGUAUUGAAGAUGUUUUAUUGAGAGUGGAUGGUCUUGUAAAACCAAUUGAAAGUAUCACAGCUGAUCCUUUUGAUCUUAAAUCUGCAGGAAUGUGGAAAUCAGUAAUGACUUGGUUCGAACGUGAAGUACAAGCUAUUGAAGGUGAAGCGAAACGUUUCAUUGAUGAAUCAUUUAAAACACUUCGAUCAGCAGAAGGUGCUUUUGAUAUGUUGUUGAAAUUCAAACAUAUCAGAUCAAGAGAAGCAAUCAAUGCUCAAAUGAUGCAGAAGUUCAAUGAUAUUCUUGCUCAGUAUAUGAAAGAGGUUGAUAUCAUCAGUUCUUUAUUCCAAAGUGGAAUGAGUAAUCCACCGUUGGCAAAAAAUCAACCACCAACUGCUGGAGCAAUCAUCUGGGAAAGAUCAUUAUUUCAAAGAAUGAAGCACACCAUAAUCAGAUUUCAAUCUGCUGAUGAUAUGUUGAAUACAGAUGCAGGAAAAGCAGCAAAAAUGAAAUAUUUGAAUCUUGCAAAAUUGAUGAAAGAAUAUGAAGAUAAUAAAUAUCAAGCAUGGGUUGAAUCUGUUGAAUCUUCUCUUCCUGGAUUUUUAAAACGAAAUUUGUUGACAAAUCCAACUGUUACUCCAAGUAUUCCUGUUGCUGGUUCUGCAAAUGCUUCUCAACAUCCAGGAUCAAAUAAUGUAGAAUCUAGUGAAGAUAUGCCUGAAUUUUAUACCAGAAACAGCAACGAAAAGAAAGAAGAAUAUGUUGUUAAUUUUGCUCCCGAACUUCAAGAAAUAACAACAGAAACAAAAUACAUUGAACAACUUGGUUUUCCUGUUCCUGAACUUGCAAGAAAUGUUGCUUUGCAGGAAGACAAAUAUUUCAGAUAUAUCAAUGGAUUAAAACAUAUGUUGAACAGAUAUCAUACUUUACUUGGAACAUUGGAACCUGCAGAGGCACAAUUACUCGAAGAUCACAUAUUGGAACUGAAAAGGGUUUUGCGACCUGGAUAUAAAAGAUUAAAUUGGAACUCUCUUGGUAUUCAAGAUUAUGCGAGUCGAUGUGAAGUUGCCAUUGGAAAGUUUGAGUCAUUGGUGAAUCAGAUUCAGAAAAAUGCUCGAGAUAUCGACAGCAGGAUUGUACUCAUUGAAAAUCUCGAUCUUUUUAAACUUUAUCCGCCUAAAAUCGGAGGAUACCUGCCAAGUGUGAAGGAAUAUCUUGAAUAUAUUGAACUGGAAAGAACAAAAGAUCUAGAUGUUCUUGCAAGAAAAUAUCGAGCCAUCGGUCCACUGUUGACAAAAAUGGAAGGUCUUGUAGCACACACCAACACUGGAAAAUCGAAAAAACUUAAUAAAUAUUAUGAACAUUGGGAGAAAAGAGUUUUUGAUUGUUUGACGAACAUGGUGAUCAGAAACUUGACUGAAUUUAAUGCAGUCCUGACUUCAAACAAAAUUAUCUUCCAAAUGGAAUCGAUUCUCUCGUCACCAGAAAUUGUUCUUCAUCCAUCUGCAUCUGAAGUUUAUAAACUGUUGGAACAAUCAGUUCGAGAUUGUGUCAUGUCAACUAAAAAUUUUGUCAGAUGGAUGAAUGGUACAUGCAUUGAAACUCCACCACAGCAAACAGAAUCAGAUGAUGAACCUGUAUCUUUAUCAUUUUUUGACGACAUUCGUCAUAUUCCCAAGAUUGCUGAAAUUAUAACUACAAUUCGAACUAAUGUUCAAAAGUUAUUGACAAACUUGGCAAAGAGCUUGACUAAAUGGAAGAGAUAUCGACCACUGUGGAAAUUGGAUAAAACAUUAGUGAUGGAAAAGUUUGCAAAUAAGAAUCCAUCUUGUGUUGCUUAUGAUGAUAAACUACAGUUUUAUACAAGAAUAAUGGAAGAAGUCAUUCAACAACCAAUGAUGAAAGAUGAAAUGUGCAUUCGACUUAAUCUUCAACCUCUUGCAACAUCUGUGAAAGAACAUGCUGGUAAAUGGGUUCAAGAACUUGGAAAAUUACUCAAAGAUUCUGCAAAAGAUUCCUUAUUUGAAUUAAGAGACAAUUUGGUUCAAAUGGCAAAAGAUUUGGAAAGACCUCCCAAUACUCUUGAAGAUUUGAAGUUUGUUUUGGGUGUAAUUGCAAAUAUAAAAAGAAUGUCCCUUGAUGUUGAGAUGAAUAUUGCUGAUAUACAAGAAAGAUAUCGCACGAUACAAAUGUAUAAUAUCGAAGUUACAAAUGAGGAAUUGGAAGUGGAAGAAAAUAUCAAACAAAUGUGGGAUGAUUUGUUCCUAAAUGCAAAGAUCACUGAUGUGAACUUGACCAGUGUCAAAGUAAAAUUCACUGAAAUCACUCAAGAACAAAUCACUGAAUUCAAAACGGAACUUGAGAAAUUUUCUGAAAAAUAUAUUACGGAAGGUCCGGCUUCCGUUGGAUCUGAUCUUGAGAGAGGAUUUAAAAUAAUGAAUGAUUUCAAGAAGGAAAUGUUGAAAUAUGAAUCAGAGAGACAAGAAUUAACGAAUGCAGAAAAGCUAUUUGAUCUACCUAUCACUGCAUAUCCUAAUCUUCUCAAACUACAAAAUGAUAUGAAAGGAUUAGAACUUGUUUAUCAACUAUUUGAAGAACAGGCAAAUGCAAGAGAAGAAUGGGCACAAACAUUGUGGGCAAAUCUCAAUGUCAAUCUGCUUCUCGAAGGCAUUGAAGGUUUCAUGAAAAAACUCCGUAAAAUGCCAAAACAAGUGAAACUACUUCCUCCUGCUCAAUAUCUGGAUGCUAAAAUGAAGGAAUUUAAAGAUUCAAUUCCAUUGUUCUUGGAUCUGAAAAAUGAAGCAUUGAGAGAGAGGCAUUGGAAAGAACUCAUGACAAAAACUGGAAAAGAUUUUGACAUGAAUCCAGAUACAUUUACAUUGGAAAACUUGUUCACGAUGCAGCUGCAUAAUUUUGCUGAUACUAUCAAUGAAAUUGUUACAUCUGCUGCAAAGGAGUUGAGCAUUGAAAAAGGUCUCAAAGAGGUCGUGGAUACUUGGGAAUCAAUGAAAUUCUCUGUUUUAAAAUAUGUUAAAGGAACUUCUGACAGAGGAUUUGUUUUAGGUGCCAUCGAUGACGUAUUGCAAAUCCUAGAUGAUAAUUCCAUGAAUUUACAAUCCAUGUCGGCAUCAAGAUUUGUUGGUCCGUUUCUCAACUCUGUACAACAAUGGGAGAAAGGUCUUUCUCUAAUUGCAGAGGUUUGUGAUGUUUGGAUGGUUGUACAAAGGAAAUGGAUGUAUCUGGAAUCAAUCUUUAUUGGUGGUGACAUCAGAUCUCAACUUCCAGAAGAAGCGAAAAAAUUUGACAACAUUGAUAAAUUGUUCAAGAAAAUUAUGCAAGAAACUGUAAAAAAUCCGAAAAUAAAAGAUUGUUGUCAUACACAGAACAGAUUACAGGAUUUACAAAGUUUAAGUGAUGGUUUGGAACGAUGUCAAAAGUCACUGAAUGAUUAUUUGGACUCAAAAAGAAAUGCUUUCCCAAGAUUUUUCUUCAUAUCUGAUGAUGAGUUGCUCAGUAUCUUGGGAUCAAGUGAUCCUAAUUGUGUACAAGAACAUAUGAUUAAAAUGUACGACAAUAUCGCUAGUCUGAAAUUCCAAGAAGGAAUGAAUAAUGAAACUGUUGCUACGGCAAUGGUAUCUGCAGAAAAAGAGGUCAUGGACUUCAAGAAACCAGUGCCUGCUGAAGGUAGAGUGGAAGACUGGAUGACAGCUGUAUUACAAGAGAUGAGAAGCACAAAUAGAAAAAUAACAAAAGAAUCAUUGUUCAAUUAUUGUAACAAUGUUGAACGAGUGGAAUGGAUGUUACAAUAUCAAGGUAUGGUUGUUCUUGCCUGUAAUCAAGUAUGGUGGACAUGGGAAGUGGAAGAUGUUUUUCAACGGGUGAAAAGAGGUGACAAGUUAGCAAUGAAGAAAUAUGCCGGACAAAUGCAUUUACAAAUUGAUACUCUUGUAACAAAAAUUCAACAACCCUUGAGUAAAAAUGAAAGGAAGAAAUUCAAUUCAGUCUUAAUUAUUGAUGUCCAUGCUCGAGACAUCAUUGAUACCUUUGUACGAGAUUCUAUUCUUGAUGCGAGAGAAUUUGAAUGGGAAUCACAACUUCGAUUCUGCUGGGACAAAGAACCUGAUCAGUUGAUGAUAAGACAAUGUACUGGAACAUUUGGAUAUGGUUAUGAAUACAUGGGAUUGAAUGGACGUUUGGUUAUCACACCACUGACUGAUCGUAUUUAUCUGACGCUUACACAAGCAUUAUCUAUGUAUCUUGGUGGUGCUCCUGCUGGACCAGCUGGUACUGGAAAAACAGAAACAACCAAGGAUUUGGCAAAAGCAUUGGGAUUGCUUUGUGUUGUUACCAACUGCGGAGAGGGUAUGGACUUUAAGGCUGUUGGUAAAAUCUUCUCUGGUCUUGCACAAUGUGGAGCAUGGGGUUGUUUCGAUGAAUUCAACAGAAUUGAUGCCUCUGUGUUGUCUGUUGUAUCAUCACAAGUUCAAACAAUUAGAAAUGCACUCAUGCAUCAUUUGAAGAGAUUUCAGUUUGAAGGAACAGAGAUUGCACUUGACGAUAGGAUGGGUAUUUUCAUCACUAUGAAUCCUGGUUAUGCUGGUAGAACUGAACUACCUGAAAGUGUGAAAGCAUUGUUCAGGCCUGUUGUCGUAAUUGUACCUGAUUUGCAACAAAUUUGUGAAAUUAUGUUGUUCUCUGAGGGUUUCCUGACAGCGAAAGUUCUUGCAAAGAAGAUGACAGUAUUGUAUAAGUUGGCAAAAGAACAACUUUCCAAACAACAUCAUUAUGAUUUUGGUCUUCGAGCUCUGAAAGCUGUGUUGGUCAUGGCGGGUGACUUGAAAAGAGGAUCACCUGACUUGCAUGAAGAAGUUGUACUUAUGAGAGCUCUUCGUGACAUGAAUCUUCCAAAAUUCAUCUUUGAAGAUGUGCCAUUGUUCUUGGGUUUGAUUAGUGAUUUGUUCCCGGGACUUGAUUGUCCUCGUGUUCGAUAUCCAAACUUUCAUGAAGCUGUCGAAAAAAUACUUGUUGAUAACCAUUGUGUGUUGCUGGAAAACCAAGUUGACAAGGUCGUUCAAAUAUAUGAAACAAUGAUGACCCGCCAUACAACAAUGAUUGUUGGACCAACAGGUGGUGGAAAAUCAGUCGUCAUCAACACAUUGUGUCAAGCACAAACGAAACUGAAUCUUCCAACAAAACUAUACAUCAUCAAUUCAAAAGCGAUGACUGUGGUUGAGUUAUAUGGAAUACUGGAUCCAAUAACUAGAGAUUGGACUGAUGGUGUUCUAUCAAACAUCUUCAGAGAAAUUAACAAACCAACAGAAAAGAAGGAAAGGAGGUAUAUCCUCUUUGACAGUGAUGUUGAUGCAUUAUGGGUCGAGAACAUGAACUCUGUCAUGGAUGACAAUAAACUGUUGACACUUGCUAAUGGUGAACGUAUCAGACUGCAAGGCCAUUGUGCUCUUUUAUUUGAAGUCGGUGAUCUACAAUAUGCUUCCCCCGCAACUGUAUCUAGAGCAGGUAUGGUCUAUGUUGAUCCAAAGAAUCUCAAUUAUGAGCCAUACUGGAAAAAAUGGUUGAGUUACAGAACUUCCAAAACUGAAGAGGAAAUGUUACAAAAACUUUAUGAAAAAUAUGUUCCUAUAUCCAUUGAUUAUGUAUAUGAAGGAGUACUUGAUGGCAGACAAGGAAAACCAUUAAAAACAAUUGUUCACCAGACUAAUUUGAAUAUGACAACACAGUUAUGUAUGAUGCUCAAUUCUGUACUUGCUGAUUUCAAGUUGGAUAAUUAUGGCCCAACAGUCCUGGAAUGCCUGUUUUUGGAAUGUAUGUAUUGGUCAAUCGGGGCAACACUGGUUGAAGAUUCCAGGGUAAAAUUUGAUGAAUGUGUUAAAAAGGCUUCAGCAAUGACUUCAGUUCAGGAUGAUGAAAAAAAUCCUGCCAAAGCUGGCGAUCUUCCUUCCAAAUAUCCAUCAUUGUAUGAUUAUCAUUUUGAUCUGGAAACAACAUCUUGGGUGCCGUGGAGUCAAAUUGUUCCAAAAUAUGUCCAUGAUCCAGCUUUGAAUUACAAUCAAAUUCUUGUACCUACAAUCGACACAACCAGAACAACAUGGUUACUUAAUCUCAUGAUCAGUAUAAAACGACCUGUUGUACUUGUGGGUGAAACAGGAACAUCUAAAACUGCAACCAUUCAGAGUUUCCUUCGAAACCUUGAUACUGAUGCUCACCUACAACUUCACAUCAACUUUUCAUCACGAACAACAUCAAUGGAUUUGCAACGUAAUUUUGAGGCAAAUGUUGAGAAACGUACUAAAGACACGUACGGUCCUCCACCUGGAAAACGACUCAUUGUUUUUAUGGAUGACAUGAACAUGCCUCAAGUGGAUACUUACGGAACGCAACAACCAAUCGCUUUACUCAAACUUCUUCUGGAAAAAGGAGGAAUGUAUGACAGAGGCAAGGAAUUGAAUUACAAAUACCUGAAAGACAUGGGAUACAUUGCGGCUAUGGGAAAAGCUGGUGGUGGCCGUAAUGAAGUGGAUCCACGUUUUCUUUCACUAUUCAGUGCUUUCAACAUGACUUUCCCAGCUGAAGAAUCUCUCAAAAAUAUUUAUGAGUCUAUAUUACGAGGUCAUAAUCAACCUUUUGCAGAUGAAAUUCAACAAUGUGUUGUACUUCUUACCAGAUGUACUCUUGAGUUGUAUAAAACGAUUGUCAACGAACUCCCACCAACACCUUCUAAAUUUCAUUACAUUUUCAACUUGAGAGAUUUAUCAAGAGUUUAUCAGGGUCUAUGUCUCACAACACCAGAAAGAUUCACAACAAUUCAACAUUUGAUUCGUGUUUGGAGAAAUGAAUGUUUGAGAGUUUUCCAUGAUAGAUUGAUUGAUCAGAAAGACAAAGAUGCUGUUCAGAGUAUGAUUGAAAAGCUGGUUCAAGAAAAUUUCUCAAAACAUGAAGAGUUUAUCAUGAGAAAUCCUGUUUUGUAUGGCGAUUAUCGUACUGCAUUGCAAGACAAUGAGCCUCGGUUGUACGAAGAUGUUCAAGAUUUUGAUGCAGCUAAAGCUUUGUUUCAAGAAAUUCUUGAAGAAUAUAAUGAAUCACACACUCCAAUGAACCUGGUGUUAUUUGAAGAUGCAUUGGAUCAUCUUACUCGUGUACAUCGUGUUAUAAGAAUGGAGCUCGGCAAUGCAUUGCUUGUUGGUGUAGGGGGCAGCGGUAAACAGAGUUUAACAAAACUUGCAUCAUUUGCAGCAGGUUGCGAAAUAUUUGAGAUUCAACUGAGCAGAGGAUAUGAUGAGUCAGCAUUUAGAGAAGAUUUGAAGAUUCUUUACAACAUGCUUGGUAUUGAGAAUAAGAAAACUGUUUUCCUAUUCACUGACUCUCAUGUGGCUGAAGAAGGUUUUCUUGAAUUGAUCAACAACAUGUUGACAUCUGGAAUGGUUCCUGCUCUGUAUGCAGAUGAUGAGAAGGAAGGGAUUAUUGGACAAAUGAGAGAUGAAGCUGGGAAAAACGGAUAUGGACCAGCAAAAGAAGCUAUUUGGCAAUACUUUGUUGGCAAGUGUCGAGAUAAUCUCCACAUUGUACUUGCGAUGUCACCAGUUGGAGAUACGUUACGUAUAAGAUGUCGUAACUUCCCUGGAAUGGUCAAUAAUACUGUUAUUGACUGGUUCUUACCAUGGCCUGAACAAGCAUUGUAUGCUGUUGCAACAUCUUUUAUAUCGGAAAAUCAAAUGAUUCCCGAAGAACAUGUUGACCAGGUUGUUGCACACAUUGUCUUUGUUCAUCUAUCUGUUGGUGAGUACAGUACAUUGUUUGCUCAGAAGUUGAGAAGAAAUAACUAUGUAACACCAAAGAAUUAUCUGGAUUUCAUUUCAAGUUAUAAUUCACUGCUGGACAAAAAAGAUCAAGAAAUUUUGAAAAUGUGUGAACGUUUGGAAGGAGGAUUGAUGAAACUUUCUGAAGCUUCUGAGCAACUGGAAGAACUUAACAAAAAACUUGCAGUUCAAAAGGUUGCUGUCACUGAAAAAACGGAGGCCUGUGAAAUGCUCCUGGAAGAUAUUACAAAUAAACGUGAAGUUGCAACUGAGAAAAAAGAACUUGCUUCUGCAAAAGCUACUGAAAUUGAAGAACAAAAUAAGAUCAUUGCAGUCGAAAAGCUAGAUGCUGAAGAAUCGUUGGCAGAAGCAAUGCCUGCACUUGAAGCUGCAAGAUUGGCUCUACAAGAUCUUGAUAAAUCUGACGUCACAGAAAUCAGAUCCUUUGCUAAACCACCGAAAGCUGUACAAACAAUCUGUGAAUGCAUCUUAGUAAUGAAAGGUUAUCGGGAAAUAUCAUGGAAGCAAGCAAAAGCAAUGAUGUCUGAAGCCAAUUUCUUGAAAAGUUUGAUGGAAAUGGAUGUUGACGCAAUUGGAAAUAACCAGACCCGUACUGUGAAAGGAUUUUUGAAAAGUCUUGGUGUGUCAGUAAAUGAAAUGAAGUCAAUCUCCAAUGCUGGAUAUGGUAUGAUGAAAUUUGUUGAAGCUGUCAUGGGAUAUUGUGAAGUUGCAAGGGAAAUUAAACCAAAGAGAGAGAAGGUGGCCAGAUUAGAAAGGAAUUAUCAUCAAUCAAAACGAGAUUUGGACAAAAUCAACAAAGAAUUGACAAAUUUAAAUGAUGAACUCGAAGUUUUAAGACUGAAAUAUGAACAGGCUAUUGCUGAGCAACGUCAGUUGCAAGAAGAAGCAGAAAUUAUGGAACGUCGUUUGAUUGCUGCUGAUAAAUUGAUAGGAGGACUCGGCUCAGAGAAUAUAAGAUGGACAAAAGAUUUAGAAGAACUCAAAGUCAGGAGAAUCAGGUUGAUCGGUGAUUGUUUGGUGUCUUCUGCUUUCCUUUCUUAUGAAGGAGCGUUCAGUUGGGAAUUUCGUAAUAACAUGGUGUAUAAAGAUUGGGUUCAUGAUGUCACGAAGAGAAAUAUUCCAUUGUCUGAUCCAUUCAGAAUUGAAAAACUCCUGACAGAUGAUGUUGAAAUCAGUAAAUGGGGAUCUGAAGGUUUACCUCCUGAUGAACUGUCAAUUGAGAAUGGUAUCCUGACAACAAGAGCAUCAAGAUUUCCACUGUGUAUUGAUCCUCAGCAACAAGCUCUUAAUUGGAUCAGGAAGAAAGAAGAGAAAAAUAAUCUCAAGGAAUCAUCUUUCAACCGACCAGAUUUUCUCAAGCAGUUGGAAUUGGCAAUCAAAUAUGGAUUCCCAUUUUUAUUCAAAGAUGUUGAUGAAUAUAUUGAUCCAGUUAUUGAUAAUGUUUUAGAAAAAAAUAUUAAAGGAGGCCAAGGAAGAGAAUUUGUCAUGCUCGGUGACAAAGAGGUUGAUUAUGAUUCCAACUUUAAAUUAUACCUGACGAGCAAGUUGGCAAAUCCAAGAUAUUCUCCUGCUGUGUUUGGUAAAGCUAUGGUCAUCAACUACACUGUAACAUUGAAAGGAUUAGAAGAUCAACUUCUGUCUGUCAUUGUCAAAUUUGAAAGAAAGGAACUUGAAGAACAACGUGAAAGAUUGAUUCAAGAAACUUCCGAAAAUAAGAAAUUACUGAAAGAUCUUGAGGAUUCUCUUCUCAGAGAAUUGGCAACAUCGAAAGGAAACAUGUUGGACAACACUGAACUGAUUGAAACAUUGGACGAAACAAAAUCAAAAGCAACAGAAGUUACUGAGAAAUUGAAGUUGGCAGCUGGUACAGCUAAAGAUAUUGAUCAACUGAGAGAUGGAUAUCGGCCAGCAGCACGUCGUGGUGCUAUUCUGUUCUUUGUGCUUUCUGAGAUGGCUAUUAUUAACAACAUGUAUCAGUUUUCACUCGCUUCAUUCUUGGAUGUUUUCGAUUUCUCUCUUCGCAAGAGUUUGCCUGAUUCUAUACUCAACAAACGAUUGAAGAAUAUCAUCAGCACAUUAACUCAUAACAUAUACAACUAUGCUUGCACAGGCCUAUUUGAAAAACACAAAUUGUUGUUUUCAUUCCAAAUGACGAUAAAAUUAGUUCAAGACGAAGGAAACAUAAGACAAGAAGAACUCGAUUUCUUCUACAAGGGGAACAUUGCUUUGGAAAAGAGCAGUCGGCGCAAACCUUUCGACUGGAUUCCAGAACAAGGCUGGCAGGAUAUCAUGGAAUUGACCAAUCUGAAUCAAGAAAUGUUCCAAUCUCUUCCUGAAGACAUUGCUAAGAAUGAAAAAGUCUGGAAAGAAUGGUUUGAUCACGAUACACCUGAAGCUGUUGCUUUCCCUGGAAAAUAUGAAGAAAAAUUGAGAGGUUUUGACAGACUCAAUUUAUUGAGAUGUUUCCGUGUCGAUCGAGUGAUUCGUGCGAUUACAAAUUAUGUGAUUAAAAGUGUCGGAGAAAUCUACGUUCAACCUCCGAUCAUCAGUUUUGAAUCAAUAUUCGAACAAAGUCAACCACUAUCACCAAUUGUCUUCAUUCUUAGUCCUGGGUCCGAUCCUGCAUCUGAUCUUCUCAAACUUGCUGAAAGAUCUGGUUUUGGAGGAAAUCGCUUGAAAUUUCUUGCCAUGGGACAAGGACAAGAGAAAGUUGCAUUACAAUUGUUAGAAACUGCAAUUGCUAGAGGACAAUGGCUUAUGUUACAAAAUUGCCAUCUUCUAGUCAAAUGGCUGAAAGACCUGGAAAAGGCUCUUGAACAUAUUCAGAAACCACAUCCUGAUUUCAGAUUAUGGUUGACAACAGAAUCCAUUCCAGAAUUUCCCAUAGGAAUAUUACAACGUUCCCUCAAGGUUGUCACAGAACCUCCCAAUGGUUUGAAACUCAAUUUAAGAAGCACAUAUCACAAAAUCACAGCAAUUAUGCUGGGUGAUUGUCCUCAUCCUGCUUUCAGAUCUCUUGUAUUCGUGCUGGGAUUCUUCCAUGCUGUUGUACAAGAACGUAGAAAGUAUGGAAAGAUCGGUUGGAAUGUUCCGUAUGACUUCAAUGAAUCUGAUCAUACUGUUUGCAUGGAUAUAUUGAACACAUACUUGACCAAAGCAUUUGAGCAAUCUGAUGACAAAAUACCAUGGGGAUCAUUGAAGUAUCUGAUUGGAGAGGUAAUGUACGGAGGUCGUGCGAUUGACAAUUUUGACAGACGAGUUUUGACAACAUAUAUGGAUGAAUAUUUUGGAGAUUUCAUUUUCGAUACUUUCCAACCAUUCCAUUUCUAUCACAACACUGAGGUUGAUUACUAUAUUCCUGAAGAUAAAGGAAACAAGGAUAGUUACGUAGAAGGAAUCGAAUCAUUACCACUGGCAAACACUCCUGAAGUUUUUGGUCUUCAUCCAAAUGCUGAAAUUGGAUAUUAUACUCAAGCUGCAAGAGACAUGUGGCAUCAUCUUGUUGAACUUCAACCUCAAACAGGUGAAUCAGGGGGAGGAAUAAGUCGAGAUGAAUUUAUCAGCAAUGUUGCCAAGGAUAUCCAGAAUAAGAUUCCUGCACCAUAUGAACUCGAUAAAAUCAAGAAAAAUUACGGAACUGAAGUCAGUCCCACAACUGUGGUGCUUCUGCAGGAAUUGGAAAGAUGGAACAAACUUGUAGAACGAAUGGCAAAAUCUCUUGUUGAAUUACAAAGGGCGUUGGCUGGUGAAGUGGGAAUGAGCAAUGAGCUUGAUGACGUAGCCAGAGCUUUGUUCAAUGGUCAGAUUCCUGGAAUCUGGAGGAAAUUAGCUCCUGAUACUUUGAAAUCAUUGGGAAACUGGAUGGAACAUUUCAGAAACAGACUCGAACAAUAUACUAAGUGGGUUGAUGAGGCAGAACCUGCUGUAAUGUGGUUAUCAGGCCUCCACAUUCCUGAGUCGUAUCUAACAGCAUUGGUACAAGCAACAUGUCGUAAGAAUGGUUGGCCCCUGGAUCGUUCAACUUUAUAUACCAAUGUAACUCAUUGGCAAAACCCAGAUGAAGUAACUGAGCAUGCACAUCAAGGAUGUUUUGUGACCGGAUUGUAUCUUGAAGGCGCAUCAUGGGAUAUUGAGAAUGGUUGUCUGGAAAGACCGAGGCCAAAACAAUUAAUUCAAGAAUUACCAAUUUUAAAAGUGAUUCCAAUUGAAGCUCAUCGUCUCAAACUUCAAAACACUUUCCGUACGCCUGUGUACACAACAUCCAUGCGUAGAAAUGCUAUGGGUCAGGGCCUUGUAUUUGAAGCUGAUCUACACACAACUGAACAUAUUUCCCAUUGGAUUUUACAAGGAGUUUGCCUUACACUGAAUUCAGAUUAAGUUUUCAUAUCUGUGUGUUUGUAUUCAUGUAUUUAUAAGUUAUUGAUUUGAACAAUAAAUUUUCGUAUUAGAAAAUUGCUUGUAAUAUACAUCAUUUUCCAGCUAAAGAAAACUUAAAAAAA